AUGACAGUUGUUUUGAGUGAAAAAAUAUUAAUAAUUACCGCAAAUUCUUUGGCGCUUUUCUUAUUAAUAAAAUUAAUGGAUUUAAUGAACUGUUAAAAUUCCAACCAUGAUUCAUAGAGAAUCAAAUAUAUUUGUGUAGAUCCAAUAUGUUAAGUAUAACAAAAGAUUGGUAUUUUACUUAAUGUGACAAGGUUGUGCUGAUUGUUUUUUGGAAGAUCAUGUUACUCAUUAAAGAAGGACUGUUGAAUAAUUUAAUGAUUAAGUGAAACAACAAUUAGAUUCAUUUAAUUAAAUUGAAUUUUAACCUAUUACAAAUACAGUUUAAUUAGAUUUAGAGAAGUAAAUUGAUAAAGAAUUAGAAAAUUGUCUUUCUUGUAUAUAAUAUCGAUUUACAAGCAUUAAAAGUGAUUUGAAAAGUUUGUUAGAUGGUGAGAAUUAAAAAUUACAAGAAAGUUAUAAUGUUUUGUAAUAAAGUAAAAAUCAUGAAUUAGAUUCAUUAAAAAAUGUAAAUGAUUUGCAUUCAAUAAAUUAAGAGGAAUUAAAUGAUUUAGUAAAGUUUUAUUAAGAAGCUUCAAAAAUCUAGAAGAAUUAUAUAAAGGCAUCUGAGAUAUUUUAUGAUGAGAAUUAAAAGAUUAAGUAAAAAAAAUAGAAAUACUUAUGCAAAUUACAAUCAAUAAUGUAAGGACUCAUGAAAGAUUUUAAUGAAUUAAUGGUAACAAAGAAUUUACAAUUUGAUGAUUUUAGUGAAUUUGAGANUUGGAUAUCAUCUUUAAAUAAUUACACAAUUCAUUUGAAUUCAAAUUAGUAUUAAUUAAUAGAUAAUGAUAAUUUGUAAAAUCAAUAUCAUUUUGUUUAUUUUAGGAAUUUGUUUGAGUCUUAAUUAUUAAUUUUUACUUAUUAUCCAUUUAAAUACUUGGUUUGUAUAAUAACCAUACAAGUAUAUAUAAAAAAUCACUUGAUUUAAAUUUUAAAUUCGAAUUUUUAAAUUAUUGAAAUCUUUAAACUUUUAACAAUCCUGUAUUUUAUUUUAAAGAUAGAUGUAUUCAUAAAAAGUAUUUCAAACUAGAAAUGUUUGGAAUGA